AUGAAGGCCAGCGGCGGAAAGUCGAAGCGGCUCCAGCUCCAAGAAGCCGCGGCCGGCGGCCACUUGGGCCACGCGGCUCCGUGCCGCCACCACGACGCGGCGGCGCAGGGGGUCAAGGGGUGCGCGGCGUUCCUGGUGGGCGAGGAGGGGGAGGUGCUGCAGCAGCACUUCGCCGUGCCGGUGGCGCUCCUGGGUCACCCCGCGAUCCUGGAGCUGCUGGCGGAGGCGAGGGAGGAGUACGGGUACACGCACGACGGCGCCGUCGCCGUCCCCUGCAGCGCCGAGCGGUUCCGGAGGGCGGUGGACGCCGCGAGACGCGAGGACGGGCGGCGCCAUCACCACCACCACUUCCGCCUGCCUGGCCUUGCCGGGUGCUUCAGGCCUUCGCAUGCCGUUGCUUAG